AUGCAGUUUUCAGCGAUUUUAUCAGUUUGUGUUCUUGCAGUUGCUGCUCAGCAACAACAAUAUACGAAUAAUGGGCAAACAGUGACGACUAAUCAGUUUGCAGCCGCUUACUCAACGAAUCAGUAUCAAACUGGACAAGGAAAUCAAUACGAUCAGAGUGGACAGAGUACUCUUCAAUAUAAUAAUGGAGCCACUUCCCAACCUAUCAUGUACAAUCAGAAUCAGUAUGGAACCACCUCGCAAUACGGACAAAACCAGAACCAGUAUGGUGCCACUUCUAAUACCUAUAAUCAAAAUCAGCAAAAUGUCAAUCAGCAACAAUACUCCACUACUGGAUACAACAACAACCAACAAAACCAGAUGUAUAACCAGCAAGGACAAAACUACGGAGGACAAGUUCAAUACGACGCCGGACAAAACCAAAUGGGACAGUCGGGACAAGUGCAAGGAUACUCGAACAAUGGAUACUCGAACCAAAACUCGCAAAUGAGCCAGAGUCAAGCCAGCAGUGGAACCAGCAGUGUUUCUCUCAUGGAUUAUUCUUUCAACAAUGGAAAUUGUCAAUACAAGGAUGGUCAAAUUAUUGAGAAUGGACAGACCAGACAGGCAACUCAACAAGAACUUCAACAGAUUCAGCAAUACAGAGACAGUGUUGAUCAGUACAUGAACCAAGUUAACGGAUACGUUGGCCAAUGGAUCAACUCUGUGUUCCAAACGCUUCCAUCAGUCAACAACUCUUUCCCGAAUAUCCCCACUAUGCCAACCAUGCCACAGGCUCCGUGUUUGUGCAGCGCCCAGAACUGUGGUAACACAACAAACACCAAUACCAUUGGAACCUCACCACAAUACGAUGCCAAUGGAAACUUGAUCAAUUCACAAUACCAGCAAUCCAAUCAAAAUCAGAAUGGACAGUACCAGAACACGCAAUUCCAGCAACAGAACGGACAGAACCAGAACAAUCAGUACCAACAACAAAACGGACAAAAUCAGAAUAACCAAUAUCAGCAGACGAGUAACCAACAGAUGAAUAAUCAACAGUAUCAAAGUGGAAACUACCAACAGACCAAUGAUCAGACAAUGGGACAGCCAAAUCAAGGAAACCAACAAUCCAACAACCAACAGAUGAGUGCUCAACAGACGCAACAACAGCAACAGUAUUAUGGACGAAAGAAGUAA